CAAAAAACAGUCGGAACCCAAGAACCCGCAUUCUCACUUUCACUCUGAGAAAAACCCCUCUCUCUGUGUCCCUCUCAAAACCCUAGUCAGAAAAUGGCGAUGAUGCAGCAGUUUGGGCGCACAAAGAGCGUGACGAAGCGUUCGUCGAAAUACGUGGAGGAAGCUCUGUACGUCUGGCUCUUCAAAGACGGCGGCUCCGAGUUAAGCGUUUGUCAGAAGCUCAAUGAAUUCAUCAAGAGCCGCAAGCGAGUCUUCAAAUGGGAGGUCGGCGACACUCUCAAGAAGCUUCGCCAACGCAAGCUCUACUACCCUGCUCUUAAGCUCUCGGAAACUAUGGCUAAAAGGGGAAUGAACAAGACCGUUAGUGAUCAGGCUAUACAUCUCGAUCUUGUUGCCAAAGCUCGAGGAAUUCCUGCUGCGGAAGAUUAUUUCAAGAAUCUUCCUGAAUUGUCCAAAAAUCAUCUCAGUUACGGGGCCCUGCUCAACUGUUACUGUAAGGAAUUGAUGACUGAAGAGGCUGAAGCUCUACUGGAGAAGAUGAAGGAACUUAACCUUCCUUUGACCUCUAUGCCUUAUAACAGCCUUAUGACGCUUUACUCAAAGACUGGGAAGCCAGAAAAGAUCCCAGCCAUUAUACAAGAAAUGAAGGGUUGCAAUGUCAUGCUCGAUUCAUAUUCUUACAAUGUCUGGAUGCGGGCGCUAGCUGCUGUCGAUGAUAUUUCUGGGGUGGAAAGGGUUAUUGAUGAGAUGAAGAGGGAUGGACGAGUUGCCAGCGAUUGGACAACGUAUAGCAACUUAGCUUCCAUCUAUGUUGAUGCCGGCAUGCCUGAGAAGGCAGAAAAUGCACUUAGUGAAUUGGAGAAAAAAAAUUCCCACCGAGAUCUUUCAGCUUUCCAAUUCCUUAUUACAUUGUAUGGUCGAACCGGGAACCUGCUUGAAGUACAUAGGGUAUGGCGUUCCUUGAGGCUUGCUUUCCCUAAAACUGCAAACAUAAGUUAUCUGAAUAUGAUCCAGGUGUUGGUUAACUUGAGAGAUCUACCAGGUGCAGAGAAAUGUUUCAGGGAAUGGGAAUCUCGGUGUUCAACCUAUGAUAUUCGGGUAGCAAAUGUUCUGAUUGGAGCUUAUGCUAAGGAGGGUAUGCUAGAGAAGGCUAAGGAGCUCAAGGAACAGGCUCGUAGGAGAGGAGCCAAGCCUAAUGCAAAAACCUGGGAGAUCUUUGUGGACUAUUAUUUAAAGAAUGCAGAAUAUGACUUGGCAGUUGAGUCUGUUGCCAAUGCAAUAUCGAUUGGUAAAGGGGAUGGUGGGAAGUGGAUACCAUCACAUGAGACCAUCAAAACCUUGAUGGAGCACUUUGAACAAACUAAGGAUGUUGAAGGUGCAGAAGGUUUUCUGGAGAUUUUGAAGAAGGCUACGGAGUCCUUAGGGGCUGAGGUGUUUGAAUCAUUAAUUAGAACUUAUGCCGCUGCUGGAAAGACGACUCCAGCCAUGCGUCAUCGAUUGAAAAUGGAGAAUGUGGAGGUUAGUGAAGCCAGCAAGAAGUUGCUUGAGGCCAUUUGUGUGGAAUGAGUUUUGUUUGUCUCCCAAUUUUUGUUUCAGAAUUUUGAGUAUCUGGAAAAGCCCAUUUCAAUGCUGUCUGUACUUGGGGUUUUUAUUUGUUCUGAUAAUAAAAUGUACCUUUCAAUUA